AUGGCGGAAAGGGACUUGGCCGCCGAGUUCCCCCGGCCUGCCGGUGCUGCGCGCUGGGCCGAGGUUAUGGCCCGCUUCGCGGCCAGGCUGGGCGCCCAGGGCCGGCGGGUGGUGUUGGUCACGUCAGGCGGCACCAAGGUCCCGUUGGAAGCACGACCAGUACGCUUUUUGGAUAACUUCAGCAGCGGGAGGCGCGGUGCCACCUCGGCCGAGGCCUUCCUGGCUGCGGGCUAUGGGGUCCUGUUCCUGUACCGCGCCCGCUCCGCCUUCCCCUUUGCCCACCGCUUCCCGCCCCAGACCUGGCUGUCGGCCCUGCGGCCCUCGGGCCCGGCGCAUUCGGGCUUGCUGAGUCUGGAAGCCGAGGAGAAGGCGCUGCCGGGCUUCGCCGCGGCUCUGCAGAGCUACCAGGAGGCAGAGGCUGCCGGCACCUUUCUGGCGGUGGAGUUCACCACUUUGGCGGACUAUUUGCAUCUGCUGCAGGCGGCAGCCCAGGCGCUCAACCCGCUAGGCUCCUCUGCGAUGUUUUACCUGGCUGCGGCCGUGUCCGAUUUCUAUGUUCCCGUCAAUGAAAUGCCUGAGCACAAGAUCCAGUCAUCGGGGGGCCCACUGCAGAUAACAAUGAAGAUGGUGCCAAAAAUGCUUUCUCCUUUGGUUAAAGAUUGGGCUCCCAAAGCAUUUAUUAUUUCCUUUAAGUUGGAGACUGACCCCUCCAUCGUAAUUAAUCGUGCUCGGAACGCUUUGGAAGUUUACCGGCAUCAAGUGGUGGUGGCUAAUAUCCUUGAGUCACUACAGUCCUUUGUGGUUAUUGUAACCAAAGACUCAGAAACCAAAUUGUUGCUAUCAGAGGAAGAAGUAGAAAAAGGCAUAGCGAUAGAACAGAAGAUAGUGGAUAACCUUCAGGCUCGACACACAGCUUUUAUAAGUGAGAAAAACUGAAGGAAAAAGCCCUUAGAGGAUGAAAAGGUGUUCAGUGGACCAGGGCUCUCACAGAGGGUGAGAACCAGAAUAAAUGAGGACAGGGAAAACAAAAGAAAGGGGAAAAGUGGCAGUGUGCAGGCCAGUAGGACUUGCUGUUUGUCUUUAGUGAUGGAACUACCUGCCACGCUCAGCUGAGUUUCUUCUUGACUUUGAAAUUGAACACUAGAGCUAUAUCUCACCUUUAAAAAAAGAGCAUACAGGAAUUCAGUACUCCUCAGAAUGUACAUGGAGGCCUGAAUGUCAGCUUUUCCAUACCAGAAAAAGGGGAUUAUGGGUGCAUGAAUGGUCAUGCCUUGAAGAUCAAGUAAUUGUUGAGUGCCUACUAUUGCCAGGCCCUGUGUUGAGCUUUGGUGAUUAAAAAGAUGAGCAAACAUGUCUUGUUUGAGAAAUGGAUGUAUAAAAAAUUAUGUGCAAUAAAGUCUGUGCCUGAAAG